UUCGAGAUAACUUUUGGUUCGAACUGUACUAGACAAUGACAAAGGCCACUCGACGAUGCUCUCUCUCGGUACACACGGCUCGGCUCUAGCGCGCGUUCCAGUUAGUAUAUAUUUCAGUGCUUGAGAAACGAUAUAUAUGUAUACGACUGCGCGCACGACGAUUUACGACAGCUACCGAUGAUGCCCGAAAAUGGCACACUUUCUCCAACAUGGCGCUGUUCAAGUGGGGACAGAAAAUUUGCGCUAGAAAGGGGGCAUCCACUAUCCAGUUAUAAUAUAGAUCAGUGGUUGUGGUUGGAUAACGAAAAUACGCCUCUGGUUAUACUGUGGUUAGAGUACAGGGUGGAAAAGUAAUUAAUUAAUUACAAGUAAACUAAUAACUUACGAACCUUUUUAAUUGCACUUCAAACGUGUUCAUAUGAAAUACAAACGAUGGCAAAUAAAAAUUAUUUAAAAAUACGUUCUUUGCCGGUCAAGUGUGGGGAAUUCUAAACAGACAGUUUGGUUUUCUUGUUUUAGUCUUUACUUAUAGUCUCUAAGAUCUCAAUUCGGAGUUAACCCAAGUUUGCUUGCGUUAUACUUGACACUACUUGACAACAAUAAUUAUGAUUUAGUUAUGUUGUCAUAGAAAGCAACAAAUAAUUAUAUUACGAGAACGUGAUAUUUGACAUGUCGGUUGAUCAUAGUGGUAAAGGUUAUACUCCUCUUCCACAAAGUAUAAGCAAUACCGAUACCGAGGAUGAGGAAGAACGUUUAACUCAACCUAACAAUAUUGCUUAUAAGGUUAAUAAUACUACAAUAGUGGAAUUGCAUCCAGAUCAUGAAAAUAGUAUAUUUUAUCCAUUGGACGAAACACAAAAUGUAGAAAAUAAUACAAGAAAUAGACAAAACACAAUCAAAUAUUAUCGAGAUGAUGUACCAAUAAUGGUAAUUGAAGGAAGUGAGCAAGAUGAUUUUUGGAAAAGAAAAGAUAUAUCACCGAUGAGACGCUUCUGUUUAUUUGUAUCAAUAUUAUUAUGCAUUAUUGUGAUAGUAAUUUUUUUGUAUGUAUUACCUUGUGACAGCUCGAUGGUUUGUUCACCUAUUAUUGAACCACAUUCGUCUAUAUCAUGGGAUAAAUCUUUGCAAGAUGUAGAAAUAUAUGGGCCUAUUACCAUAGUGCCUGGAUCUCCAUAUAAUCUAAUAUUUCUCCUUCAUGGUGAACAAUACAGAAAGAAUGAUACAAGAAAUGGAAUUCAUCAGAGACAGAUACCUCCAAAAGGAGGAGGCGUUAUAUCAAUGCAAGGAGAUAAUGGAUUACCAUUAUGGCUGGUUCCAUUAAAACGAUUACCUACUGUUAUAGAUUGUACUAGUAUUGAUAUUGACCAAUCUGGAAAACCAGAUUGCAUUGUUGUUGGUGAACAAGGCCUGCUCAUUAGCAUAGAACCGAUUGCUGGAACAAUUCAUUGGAGUUCCACGACUCGAACAGUCUCUAAAUUACCAGUUAUUGUACCAGACAUUGAUGCAGAUGAUAUUGAAGAUUUAUUAAGCGUAGCAAUAGACCAUACAAAUGUGUCAUCUCUUGUUUUCUUAUCUGGCAAAAAUGGCCAAUUACUGGAACGUUAUUCAAUUAAUAAUUGCAUUUCUAUUGAUAUAUAUAAUCUUGUUCCUAAUGGCAAUAUAUCCUAUACUUGUUAUGAUAACAGUGCAAAAUAUAUAACAAGAUACAUGUCUUGGAAAGAAUUAUUCCAUAAUUUAAAGACAACGCAAAUACAUAAGAAAUUUUCCAUGGAAUCGGCGACAAUUCCACGAUUAUUUGCAAUAAUAAAAUCAUAUGAUGAUGAAUACAGUUGGAGGCCUACUUUCUAUCAUCAUCUGACUAUAGAAAACGAAGGAAUAUGUCCAGGACAUAUGUGUCGUACCAGCAUAAAUCUAACUUUGCAGAGAUUAACAAAAGAGCCAAUAACUAUAUGGGAUCAUAUGAGUUUGAAUACAUUUGCAUCAAAGCCAGUAUUUUUAAUGAAUAAACCUUACUAUUCUGAAUUUGCCAUUAAGUUCUGGCAAUGGAUGGAUUCACCAUCAGAACACAUAGAAAAAACAACCUUUACAGAACAAAUGCUUGUAGAAAGAGUUCUUAUAGUUUUGGUGAAUUAUUCAGAUGUUCAACCUAUUAAUGCCAGUCAAUGUGAUAUAAUACAAUUGUGUAACAAACUUAAUUGUCAACCAAAUUUAAAUUCACGAAAACAAUUUACAUCUAUCAAAGUCAAACACGUUGAUAACAAUAAAUUUCCAGAAUUGAUAAGUUAUUGGUCUUCAUACAACAUAGACUCAAAGAAAACAUUAAUAUCGAAAGUACAAGUUAUAAAGAUGGAUUCCAUAAUGUCUAAUUUAUUACACGAAAAUGUUUAGUGUUAUCGUAAAAUUUUUAUAUUUUGUGUUCAACACAUGAUUACACCGGUAUUUUGUUACUUAAUGAUGAUUGCGAUUAUAAAUUAUUAGAUAAAAUAUAAAUAAAACUUCUGUUGAUCCAACUGACAAUAUAAUUAGUUAAAUGAACUUCAGUUAAACUCGGAACUUUAUAACGUGUAAACGUGCUCACUUAAGUUAAAAUAAUUUUUCUGACGAAUUCUUGCGUUGACAAUGACCUAUGAGUCUGCUAUAAUUUAUGCUCUGCAAACAUCUAUGCACGAGUUCGGUUAUUUGAUAAGAACCUGCAUGAUAUUUUGAUUGAAAGGUACCAAAUGUAACAUUUAACUAAUUAUAUUGCCAGUUGGAUCAACAAAAAGUUUUAUUUCUAUUUUAUUCAUCACUGGUGACUUUCAAUAUAUAUUCCUCUACUGGUUUAUUAGAUAAAAUAUUCUCUUUACAUUUACGGAAUAUAAAAAUUAAUUAUUAAUCAA